GAACUGUGAAUUGGCUUUUAAUCAAUUCUUAUUGCCUUCUUCAUCCUGCUCGAUCUUCACACAAAGGAAGAAUCUCGCGUGGCUUAAUUUGGAAUCACUCUGCCGCCCGGAGAAAGACCAAAGCCCGUUAUUUAAGGACAAACAGUUCGCAUGUCUUUGCAAGCAUAAUAAGAUCAAGGAAGAGAAGGAAGAAUCUCAAAUUUUGUUGCUUUUAAUUACCAAGCUAACAACCGCUGCAUCGAUCCCCAUUUUGCUCUUCACAUGGCGAUUUCCUGUUUUGGGAUCGGCUGCAAUUCAACCGUCUUAGAAGAUACCCACGAACACCCGCUUCAAUCCGUAAGGGAUAGCAGAACACUUUAUAAGUGUGAUGGGUGUAAAGAAAUAGGGUUUGGGUCAUCUUACCAGUGUCGCGAAAGCAACUGUCCCGGCUAUCAACUUCACGAGGAAUGCUGUACUAAUUUAGUUUCGGCAAGAAGCCCCACCACGCACCCAUUAUUCUCCGUGAAUGUCAACUUCAUAUUUCAUAAGCAAUCUCCAAAGCACGUUGGAUCUUGUGUUGCAUGUGGGAAGGAUGUCCAAGGGUUCAUGUGGAAAGGAUCUCCGCCUAAUAGAAAUGCAUUCCUACGGCUAGGGCGCCAUCUUCUUCCUAGCAAAGCACUUGUCAUGCACCCUCGUUGUUUCAACCUCCCAAUUAACAGAACUAAUCAGGGGUUGAAUGCAAGUGAGGAAGGGUUGAAUCUAGAGCUAAAGGAAAAGGCCCCAUCGAAAUGCUUAAUUUGCGACAGAAAGAAAAUCUCAAAAAAGAUUUCAGGUUGGGCUUAUGUCUCCACUAGUGGCGAAUACUGUUACCAUGUGAAAUGUGUGAAAGACUUGGUUGACAAGAAAUUCGAGCAACAAAGUAACUUACAAUUGAAAGUAAUGCAAAAGGCCUUCAAGGUUAGUAAGGAGAUGACACGAAUGGUUCUAACGCUCAUUCUUUCGGCAAUUUUCAGGGAGGGAGUAUCUGAUGUUGUUAAUCUUGUUUUCUAAGAAAAUGUAAUGAUGGUCUUCUUUUGGAUGCAGCUUCGUUUUUGGUGUUUUCUUGUUUGUUGUUGUUUUAAUCUGAGCUUAGCUCAGUGUUGGAUUUACACCUUGAUGGUGUUGUUUCUGUAUUCACCGGUGGCCGGAUGGUGAUUUGUAAUUGUUGUUGAAUGUUUUAUGAAAGUUGAACUUUCCUUCAAA